AUGGGCGUUGGACGUCGCAUGAAAAAGCAGGGCCCUCCUGCGACCCUAGAAGAACUUGGUAUCAAUUUGAAGAGAAAAACCCACCCCGAUAGCGCAAAGGAAGCGUCUUCGAAGAGACGAAGAAAAUCCGACGAGACCGGUGCGAAGAAAUUGGUUCAUCUUGACCGAGCUUUCAGACAAGAUAAUGUUACAAACAUAAAAGAAGGGGAAAAUCGAAACAAUAAGAAAGCCAAAAAAAACAAGAAGCUGGUGAACAAGGAUGCUCAAAUUACCGUUCCUCCACCCCUGCCUGCCAUACCGGAUCAAGAUGUCGAGGAAGAGGAAGAGAAAGAAGAGACGGCCUCUGAUGCUGCGGGAAUCCCUCUGGACGAAGCUUCGUUGUCUGGCCUUGAAGGAGACGAAGUGGCUCAAGCAGAAUGGGACGAGGAAGCCUCCGACGACUCAGUAUUUGACUCCGACCCUGACGAACGGCCGGCUAAACGCAUGUUCUCGGACGACGAGGACGACUUCGAUGCCGAAGCAAAACUUACCGCCGCCAACAUUGAGGGCCUUUCUCGAAGACUCGAUCAGCAACGGGCGGAAGUCGAGGCAGAAGCCGAGCAAGAACUGGAAGAUGCAGCUCUGCAAACAAAUAUCGCCAGAGAUGAUGGCGUCUUGGAUUCGAUGACUGCUGCCGCGCAAAGGCUCGCCCCAGAUCUGGCCGUCAUACGGUCACGAAUGACGGAGACGACACGCAUUUUGGGGAACUUUUCCAAACUGGCGGACAAGAACCAGUCACGCAGUGACUACAUCGAUCAAUUCCUCGCAGAUAUCUGCACCUACUACGGCUACACCCCCUAUUUGGCCGAGAAGUUAUUCUCGCUCUUCACGCCUGCAGAGGCCUUUGCCUUCUUCGAAGCCAACGAAACACCCCGACCUGUUGUGCUCCGGACCAACACCCUCCGCACAAACCGGCGUUCUCUGGCCCAGGCUCUGAUCAAUCGUGGCGUCGUGCUCGAGCCGGUGGGGAAAUGGUCCAAAGUCGGUCUGCAAGUCUUUGAAUCACCGGUCCCCUUGGGCGCGACGCCCGAGUAUCUUGCCGGUCACUAUAUCUUGCAAGCUGCCUCCUCGUUCCUACCCGUCAUGGCACUCGCGCCGCAACCUAACGAGCGCGUCCUCGAUAUGGCUGCCGCCCCCGGUGGCAAGGCCACCUACAUAUCAGCACUGAUGAGGAAUACAGGCGUCGUGUUCGCCAACGACGCCAACCGCAAACGAGCAAAGGGUCUGAUCGGCAACAUCCACCGUCUCGGAUGCAAAAAUACAAUUGUCUGCAACUACGAUGCGCAAAAAGCAUUCCCCAAAAUCCUCGGGGGCUUUGACAGAGUAUUACUGGACGCGCCCUGCUCUGGCACAGGGGUCAUCGGGAAAGAUCCUAGUGUGAAAACAUCUAAGAACGAACGCGACUUCCUGGCCCUGCCGCACAUGCAGAAACAGCUGCUUCUCGCCGCCAUCGAUUCAACAGACCAUAACAGCAAAACCGGCGGGUAUGUCGUCUACUCUACCUGCUCCGUGACCGUCGAGGAGAAUGAAGGCGUCGUGCAAUACGUGUUACGAAAGCGGCCGAAUGUGAAGAUCGUCGAUACGGGACUGGGCGGUUUUGGGUCCGAGGGUUUCAAGAGCUAUAUGGGCAAGAAAUUCGACGACAGAAUGAAUCUGACGAGACGGUAUUUCCCGCACCGUGAAAACGUUGAUGGGUUCUUCGUCUGUAAGUUGAAGAAAACGGGUCCGACGCAAGAGAAUCUACAGGCAAAUGGAGGCGAUCGCCAGAUCUCAGGCGAGAAGAGUUUGACAAAUGGCGUCGAGAACGUGGGUCAUGACCAAGAUCAGGAAGUGCCACGUGAUAACGAUGACUUUGGCGGCUUCAACGACGAAGAGGACCAAAAGAUCAUCAAGCGUGCGGAGAAGAAGUGGUUGAGGGCCCGGGGUUUGGAUCCUAGGACUGCCAAUCGAAAAGAUGGGGAUAAGCAGAGCCAAAGCCAGAAGCCAAAAAAAGAAAGAAAAAGAAACCCCUCCCCCCCAAAGAAAAUGAAAGGGAAUGGCGAAGUUGCGAAUGGCGAGGCUGCGAUGUUGGAGAAAGGGGACAAGAGUAAGAAGUCUACAAAUCUGAAACCGUAG